UAUAGUCUAUAAAUGGAAUCGCCCUAUGAACCGGUGCAUAGAUUUCUCGCCCAGGUGAAAAAAAAGAAUUUCACAGUCUGACAUGGAGAAUAGUGGACACACAGGGCACAAGUGAGGUUGUUACUUGCCCCGAAUCAGUUUAAAUAUGACAGCAGCAUUGCUCAUUACAUUCCCUAUCUCGGAAACUGUACGUACUUGUGGGUAUUGACUCGACAAUUUACCUGUGGGAACAUUACAAAGGUAGGACGACCGUCGUUCAGGUAGAACCUGUGUAUAUGUGUAUAUAGAGCUAGGUAUUUCUGUUUACACUAGAACUCAGAAGGAGGAGAGUCUUCCGAAAUAUGGUCUAGUGUGUUUGAAACCAGAUAUUUCGGCCAGUAAGCUAUACAUGUGGAGCUUUACUCGGAUUAAUCUUCAUCCGUAGCGAGUGUGUAUUUGUGAAGAUUACAGUUUUUUUGUUGAGAUCAGAAAUAAUGGCGACUGCCUCAGAUGACAGGCGUGCGGCGGAGAGAGGGUACCAGAGUCUCUCCUCUCUGUUCCGACCCCUCCCCAACAGUUCCAACGACUGUCACAGAUGCAGCAAAAAGGUAUACAUGCAAGAGAAAGUCGGUCCGGUCCACGAUGUAGUAUUUCACAAGAAUUGUUUCAAAUGUGUUGUGUGUGGCCAGUUUCUAAAUAUCCGGAGUUACUGGUCCAACCCUACAGAUUCGGGAGACAAGGAGGUGUAUUGUAAUACCCAUGCUCCCCGAAUAGGGGCACCCAAGAUGGGACCCGGGGCCUUGGGAAUUAAGAGCGCCGUCGAUGCCCAAAAAGGUUAUCAGAAAAUGUCCAAAAAGUUGAAGCCGGAAGUCCGUGAAGCUGGGACGGUACGCAUCCCUAGUUAUGGGAUGCAGGCUGUCGAGGUACAAAGGGCCGUAUCAGUACCCAAGACACAGAGAGUGACCUCGCCUAAUCAGGCAGGGCCACAGUUCGGCAAAGACGCCCUCCACAUCAAAGGACCAAUCGACGCCCAGUUGCUGAUGAGGGGCAACCACAUACUACACGAAAAGCAUCACUACCCUCCCAACAUAUACAAGAAGCGUAAGGAUGUGUUGCUGCAUGCCCAGAAGCGACUGGAGGAGGAACAUCGUAAGGAAGAAGAUGAGCUACUGGAGCAGAUCACCCAGAACCGUCGCCAAGAGAUACGCAAGAUCUCAGACGAACUCAAUAUGGAGUGGCAAGUCAAGCUUAAGGAUCUUACGGAGAAAUUUGAACGUGAAAUGGACAAGAAGAAAAAGAAAAUCAAAGACAGUGAAAAAAAGCAAAUGACAUUGCACUUUGAAAACCAGAGAAAAGACCUGGAAGUUAUCAUCAACGAGAAGAGAAGCAAAAAGCGCGAGUCCAUGACGAUGAGAAUUCGAGAGAAGGAACAGAAAGUCACGUCAACUAUGGUGGCCCGACAGAGCAAACAGAUGCUGGAGUUUUUGGCUUCAAAAAAAGAGGAAAUCAAACAGGAGAUUGUGGAAGAGAUCGCACAGGAAACAAAUGGUGUAAAUGGUAAAGAGGAACAAGAAGAGCUUGUGGAAGAGGUGAUCGAGGCUCUAGGCUUGCCUUCCACAGAUCUCCCCCCUCCCAAGCCUCCAUCCUGUCGCAAGAAGGACCUGUACGAGGAUGUCGGAAUCUUCGACGAACUGGAUGAGGAUGUUAUCAAGGUAGCAGAAAAUGAACAGUUCACAUACACAGAGUUGGUACAGCAACUGAUAGAAAACGUAAUGACAGACCUGGAGAAAGUCAGGGCUCUUUAUCGGUGGGUGACUGUGAAGGACCUCAACAUAAUAGACUUUGAAGAAAUUCUGGGUACUGACAACCCCAUGGGCCUUUUACGUGGCAUCAAAUUUGGCACGGAGACUUACCAUGUACUGUUCAUGAGAUUGUGCAGCUACGCUGGUCUCCAUUGUGUUGAGAUAAAAGGUCACUCCAAGAGUGUCGGGUAUGAGCCAGGGAUGAAGAUCAAACCAAACACCUUCCAGAACACAUGGAACGCUGUGCUGAUAGACGGAGACUGGAGGCUCAUACAGUGUAACUGGGGCGCGAGGCACCUGGUGUUGAACAAGGACAAGAAGAGAGACAAGGUCAAAGCCAAGACUUCUUCUAAGGAUCAGAUCCGCUACCAGUACGACGAACACUACUUCCUCACUGACCCAGAUGAGUUCAUUCAGGAAUUCUGGUCCAAGGAACUGGAAUGGCAGCUGCUAGAAAACCCAAUUACACUGGAGGAAUUUGAAGCACUUCCAUUUGUACGAUCUGUCUUCUUUCAUUUUGGAAUGCAUUUCGACCACGGAAUGACAGCUGUCCUAGACGCAUCAGCCAAAGGUGGAUGCGACAUCAAACUGAAGAUUCCAGAGAGUUUAGAAAAUGAUCUGGUGUUCUAUUACCAGUUGCGAUUUGCUGAAAAGGAAAAAAGACUGGAGGCACAAUACCGGGGUUCAAGCUUAGAACGUUUUGUAUUCCAGACGAUGAUACACAACACAGUCAUGUUCAGUAUACACCUUCCCACAACUGGAGAUUACUUCUUUGAAAUCUUUGCAAAUAAAAUUGAAGAGAGCAACAAAUUUGGUAAUUCUGAAGAUUCUGGUUCCGGUAUAGCACCAUUCCGAUUGAAAUGUGCUUGCAAAUUCAAAGUGGCCUGUCCAGAAUUGUCUGGCAAGAUGCAUCCACUCCCAGAUUGUGCCUCAGGGGAAUGGGGCCCCCUGAAGGGAAAGAGACAUUUUGGUAUCCAAAUGAAGCAGUUAAAACAUCUUGGCAAGUCUGUUCCAGAAUCUUCCUCUUUAAAUGACAUAUCCGACAAGCUGUCGGACAGUGGCAGUUCAGAGAGUGGACUCGGUGAUUCUCCAGACAACCCAAAGGCAGGAAUCAUCAAUGUGGAAGACGGGAUUGAACUCUGCGCCAAGAUUCCUAGACCUCUACACUUUGUCGCCAAACUGAAAGCAAAUGUUUUUGAAAGUAAGGUAUUGGACCCAUUUGUGCAUUCUUCGGUGGAAGGUGAUAUAUUGACCUGCCGAGUAAGUCCCCCUCAGACUGGUCAGUUCGGUCUGGAUGUGUAUGCCCGACCAAAGGAAGCUGGUGAUUCGGCCACCUUGUCACAUGCUUUCAAAUUCCUCAUCAACUGUGUGAAGGUAUCCAAACCAGUUGAUCUUCCUAGAGUUCAACCCAAACAUGUCGCUAGGAGGGAGAAGUGGGGACCUACUUCUCAGUUUGAGGAGCUCGGCCUGAAGGUUUUGUCACACAAAGAACCAAAGAUAAAUUGCUCAGAAUCAAACCAGUGCACCAUAGAUAUGUUUGUACCAAGUAAAGUCACAUUGUCAUUCCAGUUCAUGAAGGAGCCAGAUGAUGAUAAGAAUGAACUGGUAUCGAUGGUGAAAGAUGAUGUUGAUCCACAUAAGACUCGGUUCUUUGUGAAUGUCCCAGUCCCUGGAAACUAUAUGUUAUCACUUUUCGCCACAAAGAAGGACAUUGAUGAUCAGUCUUUUCCCAAUGUGUAUAACUUCUUAAUAGUCUAUAAAAAGAGCUCCAAAGAAUCCAACGGAACAGCAAAGCCAGAGGAGAGAAGACCAUCUUCAAUUUUCCGAAAAAAUCUCUUCAAGAAGUCAGACAAAGACAAAGAUAAAAACAAAGACAAGUGAACAAUGACCUUGAACCUGCUUGUACUUUUGACCUUGACCUUGACAUUGAUGGCAAAAUGUGUUUGAACUGAAAGACAUUGGAUCUGUGGAUGAUGUCUAUGAUGGAAUGAUAGUGGUGUGUGUAUGCCUAUCUCUGUAUAUGUGUAGGACACCGAGACCGAAGUGCUGAUGAUAUUUACCAAAGUUUCUCUGUAUAACCAAUUCAGUUCAUUUGUUAUCUCGUAUUUGCAUGACCAUCAACCUUCCAUGUAAAGCUAAAGUAUCACCAUUCUAUAGGCAGAUAGCAUAUAUUAACUUAAUAUAAUUUGUACAAAGAUAAUUUUUUUUUUACAUUGUAUGGAGUUUAAACUACAGUGCUUGUUAACAAUUCUUAAAAUCUCAAUAUUUUUCCACAGUAAGUCACGAUACCAUUAAUAUAAGCUUGAUUAAGUGUAAACAUCAAUUUCUUGUGAUUUACGAAUUUUCCUACUUUUCUCCUCCAUUGAUUUUAAAUGGAGGUAGGUGAUAAGGUAAUGAGGACAACAAAUGCUGUGUUCUGCUAAAGUUUGCUGAUAGUAAACAGGUGCAGGUAAAGGGUAUACCUAAAUCAUCACCAUUGUCACUUAUGGGGAAAAAUCUGUGUAGGUCUUUUCCUAAAGAAACAUUCCAUAAAAAUCACAUGUUGCGAUGCAUUUUACAAAAUUAUAAUUGUUUGAAGUUUAAAUGUUUGAAAUGGAAAUAAAAAAAACAAAAAACAGAAAAAUUGCAGGGGUCAAACUUUGGACCUUUGCAUUACAACAAAGCUUACAUCUUACAGAUGAUGUCGUUCAGUGAUAAUAGAAUCAUAGCAGCAGAAUUAGUAUCCAAUGAUUGAAUUUAUGGGCAGCAAAGCCAUCUGAAGACUUGACAGGGGAAGUUACUCUAAGCCAGAAAAACUCUUGUUGAUCUUUAUAGAGAAGGUAGAAUACCCCAAGUAAAAAAACCUCAAUUUCAUGAUAACAACUUAUGAAUUGGUAUCCGUUACCUUAAUACUGGCAGUAUCAAUAAUUGGAAUGAGACUUUUACUCUAAUACUACAAAAAUAUUGAUUAAAUCUGAUUAUUUUACCCUGGUAUUUCAUAUAUGACAAAAUUAAAUCUGACAAAGGUACAUGAAUUCCCUCGAGUUAACUUGUUUGUAUGAAAUACAUUGUUUUGUACAUUGGUAUCUUUGAUGAGUAGGAAACAGUCAAGUGCAUUGGUGAAAUGUAUGCUACAAGAUACUGCAUGAACUGAACAGAUUGGCUCCGUCUCAAUUAUUGCAAACAAAACGCCCAAAGAGAGAAUUUGUUGAACUCAAAAAGUGAUGAAUGUUGAACUAAUACUUCAUAAUAAUGGGAGAGAUAACUUGCUGAUGGUCGUUAACCCUUUCACCACUGUGGACCACAAUGGACUCGUCCAGAUAAAUGGAUGGUAGAGUCUACUAAAGUUACCUAGGGGUGAAAAGAUUAAUGGAGAAAUGUUCUUUUUUACAAUUUAUAUGUAGAUAUAAAAGUUUUUUUGUUUUUGUUGUUAUUACUUUUGUGUUUGUAUGAGUGCCAAGCUAAAUAAUUGUAAUCCUACCAAAUAUAUGAAUUGUACAUAUUAAUACUAAAAGAUCACUUCCUAUCUUUGAAAAAAAAAGUUGUUUGUGAUAUUUCUAUCUGUAGUAGCUUUUUAUGACAAUAAUACAUUGCGUUCAAGGAUAAUUGUAGAGUUGGAGAUAAAUGUAUUGCAGGGUAAAAAUGUUUCUAGAUUUUCUUACAUUGUACAAUGUAUCAUAUACAAUGUAUUACUGUUGGGUAUAAAAGGAUACCAGAGUUUGGAUACAGCAGAACCUCUCUAAUCCAGACCAAGUGGUUUCAGAAAAAAAGGUUAUUUUUUGUAGAUCUGUUCGUAUAACCAAGCUUCUGCUGUGUAAAAAGGAAUGCGUCCUAGAUUAUGCAAUGGUUAUGUGUUGAGUGAAAUUUGUCUAAUACGAAAACCUGGUGUAGAUGAGCUGUUACUGUAUUUAUUGGAAAUAAAAAAGUUGGGAAUAAACAGGUUCAGCUCGCAUAAAAAAAGCAUAUGAUUGAUCCAAAUCUGGUUUGUGGAUUAUACAUCAAUGUACCGUGAUGAAGGUCUGGUUUAUACAGGUUAGUGGAUCAGACGGUUUAAACAGAUUACACUAUUAUACAAUACUUACACUAUUAUACAAUACUAACUUAAUUUAUGCUGUGCUAUAUAACAGUAUAUAAAUGUGUUUACAUUAGAUGAAAUAUCAAAGGUAGAUUGACAACAUAUAGUCUUUACUAAGCACUAGAUUGUUAUUGUUUUUGUUGUAAUAAUCUUCAUCAUGACUAAUAGAUAAUUAAACAUCCUGUUUGGUAUUUUGAACAUAGAUAUACAUUUAUGUAAUUGUUGAUACAACUAAGCAGACAACAUUGACGCAAACUUGGAAAGCUAUCAACAAAUUUUGAAUUACAUGUGCAAUUGUGAAGUCUUUUUAUUUGAUUUUUUUUUAUACCGGAAUAUGUUUUUUCUUUGUAUGCCCACAAUUGUAACACAUCGUAACCUGUUUUAUGAUACAUAUAUUAACCUAACAUGAUAUUAACUGUUGAUAUUAUAGAAUCACUGUUGUGUUAGCUUCUCGAGCGUUAUACUCUCUACUCCAGGGAUACCUCUUCUCAUCUAUCGUUCAAAAUCAAUUCAGUGUGGUCACUUGCCUCAUACCAUAUGGCAAACUUACACAUUGAGUCUUGCUCAUUAAGCCCUACACAUUUUACAGUUACACAAAGAGUUUUACACAUUAAGCUUUACACACUUUAAGCUUACUGACACACUGUCUUGCUCAUAAGUCAUGCAAUUAAGCUUACACACACAGUCUUGCCUAUUAAGCUUACACACACAGUCUUGCCUAUUAAGUUUUACACACACAGUUUUACACACUUUCAGAUUUAAAUUCAACACACAGAGUUUUACACACACAGCCUUACGCUUUAAACUUACUGACACACAGCCUUACACACUCUAAGCUUAUCACACUCUAGACACAGAGACUUACACAUUAAGCCUUACACACACCGAGAUCUACAAGUUAAAGCUUUCACACUUUCAACCUUCACAACACUAAACCUGAUUUUGCAGAGUUUUUUUAUGAAAAAUAUAAAAGAAAAUUCACUCGGGGUCAAUUUAUGGUCUGAUAAAAUAGGCUACCUAUAAUAUAACUAUAUGUAAUAAAAAUCUUCUCUACAAAUUUUCAUUCAGUUCUAUUUAAUAAUAAAACCUGUGUACAACAGCAAAUUGCACUGCCAUGAAAUUGCCUCGUAUUGUGUAAACUGUACCUAGUGGUAUGUUAUUCUAGUGCUUUUCAUACUGACAUUAAAUCAUCAACUUAAGGUACAGCACUGGUAGUCAUGUUGUACAAGUAAUAACACAGUUUUUGCAUAAUGUUUAUGACAGCAAACCUAUACAUAUAUUAAAAGAGUUCUUAAGGUAAUUAAUAUAAACUGAGAUCCAUUCAAGUCAAUAGAAAUAGGAUGUUUGACUUUUUCCAGCGACAUUUUCUCCAUAAACUAGACAGGUAAUAUAGUUUUGGGUCACUUUUGUCAUACAAAUACUGUAUGACACCUGCUAAUGGUAUAAAUAAAUACAUGUAUAAUGAUGGUUUCCUCUGUUGAGUUACGCACUUAUUGAUUUAUGAUUGGUAAGUAUGUCAAACAUUAUACUUUGCACUACAUUGCAAUAUAUUUCUACCGCACAUUUGUAAAUCCUCUGGCAGCUACAGCCAAAUAUACAACAGCUGCACAAGCCAGGCCGGUAUAUCUCAAGCCCCAUAAUGAACUAUUCCAACCUUUGAAUUGAAAGAGUUCAAAUGUGUUUUCAGGGGUUAUUGAGUUAAGCCAUUCGAACAGGUACAUACUCAGAAAUCAUCCAUGUUAGAGCUUGACUUUAUUUCAAAAGGAUUUAUUCAAACUGUUGUUAACCCUUUCACCACUGUAGACCAUAAUGGACACAUCCAUAUCAAUGCAUGGUAGAGUCUACUUAAGUUACAUAGGGGUGAAAGGGUUAAAUGGUAAAUCAAAAUAUGAAUCCGAUAUUUCUUUAAAUUCCUUGAUGAUCAUUGGCUGGUUAUGUAGAUUAUAUUACACCAAAAAACCUGUUUUAUUCCUUUUUUUGAAUUAAUAUAUUGGGCAUUAUUGUAAUUUCCUAAUAAAUUGAUAUAGUAGCACAUCUUAUGUUUGGAUAUAUUUUCUCAUUUAGAUAUUAUAUCAUUAUACUAACCUCAGGAUAUAUCUAGAAUUCAUUGUGGCCAUUGUUUGCCACAGCCAAUCAAUGUACUAUCAGGAUUUUCUCCAGCGAGCUUUAUCAAGAGAAAUAGUAUGUAUAGUAAGCUUUACCUCCUGUUUACCAUAGUUAGCUUUAUGAUGUACCCAUGUUGGUGAGCUUUUCCAACAAACCUUAGAACUUAAAUAUUUUUCAUCCUAUUUUCUGUCAAACCUGAAGCUUUAACUAUCCAACAGGUAUAAAUUGAACCUUUUUUUAAUAUAAUGUAUAAUGCUUUGAAAGAAUUGUUUACUUACAACUUCUGUGAUUCAUUCAAGGGGUCAAAACUACCCAUAUACAAUUUUUAGCUGGAGCCGUAGUACCUAUUUACAAGUUACACAGAUUUCAUGUGAAUGCCGAAUCAAUUUCACAAUGUCUGUUUUAUGUUUCCUUUUUUUGGGGGUACCGGUAUUAGAAAACUUUGUGAAUUUGAAAUUAGUAGGAAAACUCUAGAAUCUAAAUGAGUUUUUCCUAAAGAGAUAGCUUAAUUUUUGCUAAAGUAUUGUACAGUUUACAAACCAUGUAUAGAAUACAUCUAAUCGUAUCAGAUAUAUUAUGAAAUUGAGAACCACCUUUUGUAAUAAUUUUUUUCCCAUGUUUUUUUUCUUUUUUGAAGUACAAGUGUAGACUUCAUGUGUUCAUCUGAUUUACUAAUUAAAUGGUUUCUGUAUCAA